UAGUGUUAUUGUUUUGUGAAAAAAAUUGUGAAACUUAACUAAAUUCAAUUCGUUUACUUAAAUAUUUCCUUUCGAUUACUAUCUUUGUUCUUAUAUAUUUAUUUUCUAUGUGGAAUAUGACAGUCAUCAGCGCGGUGAUAUCCACUGAUAUCGGCCAGGAGUUUCAACAACCUGGCUGUUACUCGGUUCCGCUGUGAAAUCGUUCGUAGCAGUUCUUUGCAUAGCGGCCACCGCGGAGAAGAGCCACGUGUGGCCCUGCGUACAACCGGGGGCGGGCGCUUUGCGCCGCCCCGCAUCUGCAUCCCUUUUUGACGAGGCUGAGGCCUAUACGUUAAUAGGUGAACUUUUGGUCCAGAUACCUGCCAGAUGAUUUAUUGACGUUGGGCUGUAAGCAUGAUGUAGAGUCGAAAGACUUCGAGCCGCUGCCGUUCGCAUCAGACGAUUGUUUAGAUGACUUUCCACCCGACCAUCUGUUCCUGUUGACCAAAAUUCUGGAACUGACCACGAUGAGUACGGGUGAAGAUGAACCAUCGUCUGGUUUAAAUGGAAGGUUGAGACCGAGAAAAUCUACCAUCCCCAGUCCAUUAACAACCACGAAUAUACGCAAACCGGACUCCAAAUCUGCUCAGGACAAACCUAAAAAAACUACUACCCCGUCCAAAGUUUCUCCAAAUAAACUUGAUGAUCUCACUGACAAGUCUGAUUCACCUGCUCCGCAAAUUCUUUGCAAUUACUGCGAUAAGUCUUUUUCUUCUAAACAAGCUGUCUCUAAACAUAUUCGACGCAUUCAUAUUUUAAGUUCAAAGCAAGAUAAUGUCAUUAACUGCUUGUUUUGUAACCACUCGGAAACUGACUCUAACGAAAUUAUUCGGCACAUGGUCGAUAAUCAUCCAAAUCAAUAUUUCGCAUGUUAUGAUUGUCACACUAGAUUUCCUUCUACUUCAGAACUAGCAGAGCAUAAGCUUAACGUAUGUGAAAAUCCUAAACUACCAUAUCGUAAUAAGUUGCGUCAGAAAACUACGCCAAGAAAGAGCCAAAAUGUUCGGAACAUUAAUGAUAGAGAAUUUGAAAAUGAUGAAAAAAAUUAUUCAGGACAUGCUUUUAACGGUAUCGUUAUAUCAUGUGAACUUAAGCCUACACAUCCUCACGAUCCAAUCGAUAUUGAAGAUAACAUCACGACGAAUUUAAUACUGCCACCGGGAAAAAGUUUGGGUAGCGUCAACGUUAUCGAAAAGAAUGCAAUUAUCGUUCUAGAUGAUUUGCAGUGGAACAAGAGGAUACCCCCCAAUUUCUCUUUUCAUAACACAGAUGCUGAUCAAAUACUAUCUAGACUGGGAGUAGUCCACAGAUCACCGAGGACAGGAGAAAAUACUAAAAAAGACUGGUUAAAGCAUAUUGAUGAUUCAAAUCAAAAAUUUGAAAAAUGUUUUGAUACCAGUUUCUACUCAAAGGUAGCUAGCAAUGUUCAAGAGAAUUUAGCUAAGUUUCUCGAUGGUUCUUUUAACUUUAACCCGGACGCGGAAAACACUAUUAAAACUAGAAAAGCAAAAAAUAGUGUUGCUAUUAAUACAGUAGAAGGAUUUCCUAUUUUGUUGGCUUCUGAUCAGUUCUCUAGGAACGUUUUUGACGGCUAUAUGCCAAGAAGCAUUGCACCAAAGCAUAAAUGGAAAUGGGACAAUCUUGAAAGUGACAAAAACUUAAUGAGUCCCGAACAAAUAAAGCGCGACUCUCACACUAACAAUUGCAUUAUUACGUUGGUUUCCAGCUUAGACAUAUGGACUCAACUUUGUAUGCGACGUAAAUUUGAAGAAAAAUUUACCACCUCACCCGUAGAAAAAGGAAUCGAAAAACAAAGCAUUAUUGGAAAUGAAUUGAAAGAAAUAUUAGAGAGCAGAGAACUUCCAACUUCAUCUUCUCAGGUAGUCAACUAUACUAGCCCGACAUUCCGCACUCAUGAUAGCUUAGACUUUCCUGCUUCUCUCGGCUUAGUACCAAAUGUACCGAACUUUGAUAUAAAGCCAGCGGUUCUAAGCGGAGAGUGGGUGAGGCCGCGUUGCUAUGUUUGUUGUGCUUGUGGAGCGCAAACUCAUGACUCUAGAGCUCUCUCGUCUCAUAUUUCUACUCAACAUGCUAAUGCGCAAAUACAACAUUAUGAAAUAGUUGGUGAAGUUCUAUUAAAUUCGGAUAUCUUAAAGCAUUUGUAUGUACCUCCGAGUCAGCUCAAUAACAGAACUCGACCUCUUCGAGGAUUUAGAGAGUGUACAAAAUGUAGAAAAGGAGUAUCCUUGGAAGAUCUGCAUCAGCAUAUGCUAGACUGUGCUGGUGACACACCAACUGUGCGAAGAAAAUGUAGAUAUCGUCCAUUUGGUGUUCGAAAACGUCGUCCUCGUCUUCCGGAUAAUACUAUACGACAAGAAAUGCGUAAAGAUAUUCCUCAUUCUCGGCAUAACAGGAAAUCACAUAUGAGACCUAGACCUAAAGUCAGAACUGAAGUUGGAGACGCUGAGACUAUAAGAAAAAUGCUGGCAGAUUUACCGGCUAAACGUCAUCGAGCUAUGGUAAAUCCCUUAAGUCCUAUUUUACGUCCUCGAAGAAAGCUUAAUAAACAAAGGCCAAAAAUGGUUAUUAAGAAAAGAGCGAUCGAUGAUAUGAUAAAAAAACCAAAAUCGAGUGAAUUGCCGCCACCGAGUAAUUUUAAUAAUGAAGACACUCAAAACAAUGCGUGUAAUACGAAGAAACCUGACAAUAAAACUCUUCAACUUAUAAAGAAUUCGGCACUAGGAACGUUAAGCCAUAAAAGUUCUUUGAACAAAAAAAAUCCUGUCAAUAAACAUAGAAAAAAGGACUUCGUAACUAAAGAACCAGAAUCUGUUGGAAAUGACGGAACUUACGGAAAUGGGGAAACUGACGGAAAUGGUGGAACUGGCGGAACAGGUGGAACUGGAGGGACUGGUGGCACUGACGGAAAUGAUUCAACCGACGGCAAUGAUGGAUCCGAAGGAAAUGAUGGAACCGACGGAAAUGAUGGAACAGACGGAAAUAAUGGAAAUGAUGGGAAUUAUGGAAAUUAUGGAACUGGUGGAAGUGGAGGAAAUGACGGGAAUGGCGGAAAUGGCGGUAAAGGAAAUGGUAAAGCUGAUAGACUAACGGAGUGCCCAGACCUACCUGCACAACCUUCAGAAAGCGAAGAAAAUAAACAAAUAAAUCAAAAGUCCACUUGCAAUAAUAAUUCGGAAAGAAUUAUUAUUAACGACGGCUCAUAUAUGUCACGAGAACACGGAAAUCGUAGUGGAUCGAACAGCAAAGACGACCAAAAUCCAGGUUGUAGCGGCCGAAAUAGUAAUUCACGAGACUCUUUUGCGCCGUCUCAAAAUGUUCCCUUAAAGCAUUCUAUUGCUCGCUUAACUGCAAGCUCUGAGACCCAUGAUAAGUCUGUUCAAUUUCACCAUUUAUUCUUAGUCCAACAAGAAUGUAAUAAUGUUAAUCAACACUUGCCAUCGGGGCAACGAAUGCUUUUUGAAAAUGAAGCUGUAGUAACUAAGUUAGACAAACCUCCUUUACAUUUCAAUCAUUCAGAAAUAUUAGAUUCCCAAUGUUUUCAACGAAACAAAUUAAACAAACCCCGUAAAGGAUUAAACGAUUGUAUAGCCAUGUUAAGAAAUAAGUUAGUAGAACCAAUUUCGAAUAUUUUACCAGGACAUGUAUCAGUACAAUGUGGCAGCGACGAGCCAUUAGGGCCAGAACCAGUUGUGAUCGAGCGACGACAUUCAACUUCUGAUUCAAAUAUACAAUCUGCACAAAGGUCUUUACAACUGUUUUAUCCCAAUACAACUGUGGAAGAUACUACUUUAAGCUAUGACACGAACAGCCGUAUAACACGUCGAUCUUCAGCACGACAGGGACAUAGUUCCCGCCGAGAAAAAAUUAUGGAUGUUCAACCAAAUAACGAUUUUAUGUAUUGGAAUCAAUUUUACUAUAAUAAACAAACGUUACCUACUAAUAAAAGCAGCCAAAGGUACAAUAAACGUGAAUCGACUCGUCGAAGAUCUGUUGUUUCAACAGAAGAUUUAUUACUACAACAUGCAAUGAAUUUAGAAUUAUUGGCUAAAAGUAAUAGAAAUCUUAACAAUAUUACUGAUUACCAAUUCCCCAAUAUAUCAACAAACAUACCAAUACCACAAAAAACAUCAAGAAAAAGUCGUCAAGAUGGACCUAGAACGAGAUCUACUUCUAAUAAUAGUAUGACAAAACCGAAAAAUAAAGCUACGCCAAGGACACGCCAAAAAAAAGUUACAGAUUUAAACACUUCUCAAGGGAAUAUUCAUCAAAAAAUAUCAGAUGUCGAAACUCAGUAUAUAAACAAAAGAAAUGAAAGACAUUUUGAGCAUGGCACAAUUAUUAACAAUAUAAGUUCAACAACUGAAAAAAGUGAUCAUUAUUAUGUUCAAGAGAGGAUAGAAGAUAAAACAAGUGAACUUGGUGUGGAAAAAACAAUAUUACAUUCAAGUGAUAUGUCAGAAGAGCAGCCGUGCUCAAACAUGUGUCAAAAUAUGCCCAUAAUUCAAUACGCCAACGACUAUGAUACACUUCCUGUUCAUUAUAAUAUGCACAUAAAUUCAGAGUCAACAACACCCCUUGACCUCUCAAACAAAACAGCUAGAGUGGAAGAUUCGCGACAAUACGUAACAGAAGAACCAUACUGUGAAGGAACUUAUGAUAUUUAUGAGACUUUAGAUUUAUCUAAUAAAAAUAUGAAUACUGUACCAGAAAAAGAACUUUGCGUAAAUAAUGAUGAAGUAGUAGACUUACGCGUUAAUAAUAGUUCUCAGUUGUUGCCAUCACACUCGACAACAUCAUUAUCAGAGUUAAGAAGCGAUCAUUUAGAAGACAACGCAUCAGCUUUCUCUUAUGGACACCCCGAAAGAUGGGCAUUUGAACCAGAUGAUUGUUUACCAACAGAUUUAUCUAUGAGAAGGAAUGGUAUAUUGACGGAUUCUUAUGAAAAAAGACGGCCUUAUACAAACGACAAUACUGUAGAAAUUAAUAUAAUUGAAGAUUUAUCUCACCCAACUAACCAUGUACGUGAAAUGUGUAUAAUUGCUCCACAAAGAGAGGACUUUGAUAUUGAAGAACCCACUGAUUUAUCAAUUCGUAGAAUCGAAAGUAGAUCGAAUAAUUUUAGUGAUUGUAUUUCACAAGAACAACAUAUUCGCUUAAAUGAUUGUUCAAAUAACAUCAACAAACAAUCAGGCCAUCAUAGUGAAGAAAUUCCAGCUGAUUUGUCUACUACAAAUAAAGAAACAAUGCAUAAUAAUUAUUAUUUAGAUAAGCAAAGAAUGCCUCAAUAUUUAGAUGCAGCGGUUUCAAAUAACCAUGAUAUAGAACCUGUUAUUGAUGGUAUAGGCCCACAAGGAAACUUAAAUUCCAUGGAAUCAGGACAAAUUAUAAGCGCUCAUUACAAUCUUACAGCGCGAGUUCCAGUUCAAGCAGCUGCAUUAGAACCUCGAAAUAUCAUCACAUUUUCUAAUCCCUUAUCAAAUGAAACAAAAAAUAUGUCUACAGCAGACUUAGUAUCCGCAUCUGUACCAUGCGACUUACCAAUAUCGAUUAAUUGCCCAUCGAUAAACGAAUGUGGUAAUCGCAAUGAUGUAACUUACUUAAUUACAGAUAUGCCAUUAAGCUUAUCCACUAAAAAUAUUGAUGAGACUAAAGUUUGCGGCCUAAUGCGUCGUGAAUUUGUGCCUAGCCAUUAUGAAUAUGAAAAUACUACGGCAACUAGUACGUUUUCGCAAAUUAAAGAAGCAGAACCCGCAAGUACAAACAUGAAUACCAACCUAAGUGUUACGUCUAAAGCCUACACACAAGUUCGGCCAGUUAAUGAAACAUCUGUCCUUCGUAAAUCAAGUUCUACACCUAUGGGACAUAAAUCUAAUAACAUUAACAAUAGAAAGUUAUCUUGUGAGAAUGAGUUAUCAAAGGAAAAAAGUCCAGUUCCUAUUUAUAGAUUAGAUAUGGAAAAUUGUAAUAUAGACGCUAUAAAAGAAAAUUACAAUAAAACCAAUUUAGAUCAGGAUCCAGAAACAGCUAAAAAGAUAGCAAUGUUACCCAAAGAGCUCGUAGAAAUUUUAGGGACAAUGCCUGCAGAUCAUCGCAUUCAACUUCUGAAUGUUUUGCCUCAAUAUGUAUCAUCAUCAACAUCACCUGUGUUGUCCCAAAACACUGGAAGUGUAACACAUGACUCGACUUGUCUUUCUGCUAAUUCUUCAUCGUCUUCACUUGUAAGCAAUCUGGCAGAAAAUGACAUCAAAUCAUCUGAAAAUGUACCUUUAUUACCAAACCAAACUACGUCUUCUCAAAUUUUACAAUUUGUUGAAACAUCACCGACAGCAGUUACGAGUUCUAUACUAUUAACACCACCUACACCUCAACUGUCAGAUCGCCAUUCAAAUCAAUCCCAUGAAAAUAAUGAAAUUAAAUCUAUAGAAUAUCGAAGAAAAUCUAGAAUUUCAACAGAUGAACAAACUCCACACAAAAACAUUAUUAAUGAAAAUUUUAAUGCUGGAUCACAUCCAACAGCAUUAGAUGAAUAUAAUCGCCAAGACCGCAUAAUUGAUUUGACCGGUGAUGAGUUUUCAUCAGAAGUUCCUGAUGUUUCGUAUAAUACGGAACCAUACACGAAAUUAACUCGUCCCACAAAAGACAUGCCAAGUUCAAUAGCGGCUCCAAAAUCCAUAGCAAUAAAGACGAACAGUGACAAAACUGCAAGUCUGAGGGCAGUACGUAUUAAAACUUCAUCUGAAAGACAAAGAACGGUUUUAACUGAAAAUACACUGGCGAAGAAACAUGUUGAUAGUACCUCACAUUUAGCUGAAGAAGAACUUCAAAAUAAAUGUUCCGAAAUAACUAUUGCUAUGGCUAUCCAACAAGACGAAAUAAGUAGCACACAACAACGUCCAGCCAUAAAAAAGUCUACGACACUACCGAAUAGUGAUUUGUAUCCAAUAGAACGCAUUUCAAAUAAUGUACAAAUGCCAGUAGAUAAAAAAACAGAAGAAAAUGAUUACGAUGUCAGUUUUAGUUUACCUGAAAAACAAAAUGUAGUAACUUCGUCUCUCUUGAAGGAUACUCAUUGUAAUUUGAAAGAUGAAAUAAUAACAAAAGACAGUAUGCACCUGGCUCUUAACAAUAAUUCAUCAAAAUUACCCAUGACGGUAAAUGCGAUUGAUGUAAGAUUUUCAAAUAAUACUGCAAAAGAUUACUGCUCACGCUCAAAAAAGCUUGAUGGAUUACUAAAAGACAAAAAUGUGACUAAGACUGAAGGUUUAAUAUCGCUUGGGUCAAAAAAGGAAUUUACCGUAGAAGAUGAUGAUUCUGAAGAUGAUGUUACGUUAGCUGUUAUAGUAAAACAAAAACAUCGUAGCUUAAAUUCAUCUCGCAGUGAUCAAACAUUAUGUGAAAAAGAGAAUACUAGAAAAGAAGUUCCAAUGUCAUUAGAUAAUUCAUCGUCUGACCAACAAAACCAAGUGUUGCCUAAUAAAAAUGUAUCUCCUAAAAUGGGAAGUUUAUGUACAUCACAACUGCCGAAUUGUUCCACUGAUACCACAAAUAACUUAAAAUGUAAUGAAAAUGAAACAAAAUUACCUGAAUUAUUUUCUAGAAAAAAAGGUAGAAAAGGCCGUCGCUUUAAUAUUAUAGAAAGCACCAACUAUGUGGAGCAUCAAGGGUCAUCGUGUAGCAAAGAAGCAGAGAGCAAAGAUGAAAUUAAUAAAGAAAAUAAUAUUUUUACGGAAAAUGAAGUAAAUGUGGAAGUUAUCGAUGAUUCAAUUAAUACAGAACCAAGUGAACCAAAUACUGUUCGACCAACGUCAAUUAAUAUCAGUGUAGAAAGUGAGAAAGAAGUUAUUUCUGGAGAAAAAGCUAAAGUAACGCAAGAGUCUGAUUGCCUUUCUUCCGAUAACCUUUACAAAGUUGAACCAAAUACAAAAGCAAAUAUUGAAAGUGACCAACACGUUAGAGAUGAUUCAAAUGAAAAUAAAUGCUCAAAAACAUCUGCUCAUACAAAAGGUGGUGCUGUUGAAGCUGUAGAGAGUGAUAGAGUUUCUUUAAAAAAUGUGCAAAUAACAGAAAAGUGCAAAAGAUCUCUUUAUUCAGACCAGUGUCAUAAAAUAAAUGAAACUCAAAUAAUUGACGAAAAAAAUCAUCACGCUGAUGUUGUUAAAAUUAUGGAGCCAAAAAUUAUAUCUCAUAGCACAACAGCUGUGGAAAAUUUUGUAGAAAAUAAAAGUGAAACCGAAAAAGACGAUAUGAAUCUGACACCGUUACGACGAAGUAGACGAGGAAAAUCAUUGUUUAUUGAUAGUAGAUCUAUUUUGAAUGAAAAUACUUUGAUUGCUGAUAACACUACUGAACAAAGGACUCCAUUAACAAAAAAACAAUUAAUUUUUUCGAAACUUUUACAAGACGAAGAAAAUCAUAAAAAUCCUUUUUUGACUACUACAUCUAAUCAACCAAUUUCUGAAGCUGUAUCAAAAAGCCUUAAUGAAAAUAAACCUGAUAAUAAUCGUGAUAGUGAAUUCAAUAAAUACGAUGCCGAUGAAAUCAAAUGUAAUAAAAGAAAAAAAUCACCACAAUCUAAGAAGAGAUUGAAAAAGAAAAAGUCAGUGACGAAUAUACUAAUAACUAAUCAAGAUCCAGAAGAGCAAGAUGCUAAUAAGAAGAUAAAAAGCCUAGAAUUAAAUGAUACAACACCUGAUAGCAAGAUGUCGCCAAUUUUAGUAACAUCUCAAAUAAAUCCAUUAAGCAAAAAAAAUGUAACUACAACCCCAACAGAUCAAACAGGUGAUGACGGUGAUAUUCAAAGUACUGUUAUUACAAAAAAAACAAUUGAAAAACGAAAAUCUGAUUCUCCUAAUAGAGAUGAAUCACUAUCAAUUUCGAAACUAAAGAAACCUAAAUUAAAUGAUGAAGUUACAGUAGUGUCGCAUAUAGAAUGUAAAAAGGAUAUAAUAAUUUCUGAACCUGAAAUAAAACUAAAGAGAAACAAGGAUUCUUCGCCUACAGCAGUUACCACGCGGAUCACAACAUGCUAUAAUAAGGCAAUAAGACGAGCACGUUCAAAGUCAGUUUGUAUAAAAUCAUCAGGAACGGAAUUAUACGAUCCAUAUGAUAUUGAUAAGAUUGAAGAUUUGGAAGAUGUGAUUGAUAAAACUGAACCAUUAGUUAGAAUAGAAGUAUCUCCAAAAGUUCAGUUUAACACAUCGAAAUCGGAAGUUGCAAUUAAGACUCGAAAAUUAAGUAAAACCGCACCUUCGGCUAUAAUUGAUAUAUUACCCUCCGAGGCCAAAGCUCCUGUUGAUGAUGUUGAUGAUGGUGAUGAUAAUAUAGAUAAAAGGGAUACUGCGGAAUAUAAUAAUAACUCCAAUGUUGACAUGAAAGAUGGUAGCAGUGAUUCUGAUGCAUCUUCAAAAAGCGACGUUCCACUAAAAAAAUAUGUACAAGAAAAGGAGAAAAAGCUCACAGAAAUACUACCUACAUCAGAACGAGUGGAAAAAUCCAUUAAUAUCGAACCAAACAGUAAAACGGAAGAAAAGUUAAAAAUACGCAAAAGAUAUAAACAAACUCAAUCUAUAAACAACAACGACUUAAAAAAUAGUAUUAAUAAGACACAAAAUGAAGAAGAGCUACGUUCCGAGCAAUUUAUGGAAAGUUUUGGUUUCUUCUCCGAAAGAAAACCGAGAAAAUCGAAUUUAUUGGCGUCCAAGAAAAUUUCUGAAACAUUCAAUUUAAUUGAAAACGAUGAAAUGUAUUAUGCAUCUAAAGACCGUGCCACUAAAAAAUCUGCAAAUGAUAUUAAAACAGAGGAUCAGGCGUUAUCAUUAAGAAAAUCAAAAUCUACCAUUUCACCUCCCAAAAAACCUACAAAACGAGGAAGGAAAAAGAAAACAACCAUAAUAAUUCAACCUAGUUUUUGUAAUAUCUGUAAAAAAUUUUUUCGCAGAUGGGAUAAUUAUGUAAGACAUUUGUUAUCCCUGUAUCAUAUUUCAAGACUCUGUGAAAUUGAAUUAAAAGUGAAAACAGUACUAAUUGAAGAGGAACCCAACUAUUUGCUUGCUUAUAGGCAGCAACUUAAUCGAUUAAAAGUACUACAAAAUAAAAUAGCGAAACGGAAAAAGAAUUGUUUGUCUACUGCAGAUAUUGUUCUUCCGACGCUUGAGGAAAUUUUAGCUGACGUAAAAAGAACAAUACGGGAACAACAGCUUUCUCGUCGGAGCUUAAGUCGGGAUGAGGCGUUGUUCAUAGAUUGUUGUGAAAUGUUAAAAGAGUCUCAUCAAAAUCAAGGCUCACCUGUCAAACGAGUUCGUCAAUGUAAUAGUUUUAAUUGUGAACAGGCAUGUCAAGAAGAGUUAGCGUUGUUAGAAAAAAGCAUUCUUGAUGACAGAUGUGCUAUUAAAAGUGAUGAGGAAAUGGAUUCUAUAGCAGCAAAAAAGAUAUUGGAAAGUGAAGAAGUUCGAAACUUAGAGAAUGAUUUGAUAUCCAACCUUAAAGAAGCUAACGGACUUAAAGGAUUAACUAGUGUUCAAAUGGAAUCAGCGGGAAAUUUGACUACUAUAACGGAUUCGCAAACUAUUUUAUCCAAUUAUGAAGUAACAGAAGAGUCAAACAGAUCUAAAUAUAAGCCGCAUAUUGAAGUUAAAGAAAAAUUAUAUCCUGAUGUCAUCGAUAACAUAGAUAUGUUCGAAGAUAAAUUUGAUAAAAUAAAAAGAAAGUGUAGGUCUCAAGCAGCAGCUGCCAAACAAAUUCAAACAAACGUCGAAAUAAAAACCAGUUAUAACCAUAGAAAAAAGACAGAAAAGAAAAAAGUGAACAAUAGAAAAGGUCAAAACACGGUCCCAACCAAGGCCGCUUUAAAAGGAUUCGAUGGAGUUAAAGUUUCAAUUCAUACCUCGGAUAUUAAUAUGUCCGCAAUCGUACCCCUUGAAAAAGUUCACAGGAAAAAAAGGAAGAGUGGUUCUAAAAAGAAGAGGGAACGAUCAAAUUCCGAAAAAAGUAGCCAUCGGGAAAGCAAUAAUUUCACAAAAGAAUUAUCUCAGAAAAAAGUUGACGUCUAUGAAUUUAUGGAUACAGAAGAUACCGAAGUUUUUGAAUUUAGACCAUCAACUCUUAUGGAAAGACUUAAAAGCAUUAACAGCAAAGAAAUACCAAGUACAUCUAAAUCAAUAAAUGAAACCGAAUUAGCUGAAAUAUCGAGUGAAAGCGGGUCAGAUGGCGACGACUUCGUUUAUAUGUCUGAUGACUAUGUCUGUAGUGACGACGAAACUGAAAACAGUGUGUUAUCAUGUGAAUUAGGUAAUGGUAAAGGAACCAAUGAGCACAACAAAACUUCGAAUCUAAUUAAAAGAAAAGAAGCUACAGAGAAAAAUGCUGUGAUGGGUAAAAUAUUCAAAAAUAACGCUGUACGUACCGAAAGAAAAAGCCCAAAAAGUACGGAAUUUGUUAAGCCUAAAGCUAAUCUAGACCAAUUGUUUGAUAGUUUACUAGAAAAUGAACCCAAAACCUCCCAAGUCGAAAAUGAUCAAGUGUCUAGUGAAAAAGACGAAGUGCCACCGUCACGGGUGUAUCUCAGCUUAUCACCUCAAAAAGAAGAUCAAUCGCGGUAUAACAAAUCUUUAAAACGUUUAGAUCAAGCGUCAGCGACUCAAAAGUACAGUACACCCUCACCUACUUUACAUCCGUCUUUGGCGUCAUUUUCUACAAGGCGCAAAUCUAUAACACCCCCAAGAAAAUUGGAACCGAAUAUCAACCCAGUUUCAAUUUCAGAGCAUGACUCUUUAACAUUGAAACCAAACGAAGAUUAUAAAAAAAUUGAAACAACAAAGGAGGAUAGUACAUACAAGGAGAUUCAUUUAAAGAAACACGAAUCUUCACUAUCCAGCAAUAAAAAUCUUACUGCGGCUAAUACUGACAACACACUACGCAGACGAAGUCAUGAUUUUGGUUACGAGGAACCGAAAUCUAAGGAAGUUUUUAACAGGGAUAAAUCGGAUAAAAAAAAGAAAGAAACCCCCAGGCAUGACUGUUAUGACGAUGACGUGGAAUCAUUCAACCACAUUUUGUCAGAAGAUGCUGGUGUUGCGAGACAGAGAGCGCGCAGAAAAUGUACUGUUGGAAAGCAGAACGUUCUAGCUGAGACUUGGAGUUCCGAGUCUGAACCGGAUGGUGAUCCUCCGCGACCUAACAGUGCCGAGUCUGUAGCCGCGGGCAGCGGACGAAAAAAGAAAGGAAGGAAGAAAGAUGGUCAGUCGAGCAGCAAUCGAAAGGCGAGCAGGCUAGUUUCUGUGAAGAAGCACGAAUAUGAAAGCAGGGUAGAUAGCAGUAAUCGCAGCGCAGGAAGUGGCGUGCCGGCAAGGCCGCGGUCACCGCCUCACUACUGGUCGGAGGGCGACGAGGAGCAAGAGCACCCCCAGCAACACGGCUGGAUAGUCGGCGAUAGUCACAAGAAACUCGUCACUAUGUUAGCUCAUGCGAAAGGGCGUAAGCGCAGCGGUGAUGAGAAACGUCACUUGCUCGAGUAAGGCUACGUUUUAUAGGGUAUGAUAAUGUUUUCUUGUAAAUAUUUUGUACAUAAUAUUCUAGUUGUUUAUGAACGUCAUUAUUAUGACGUUACGACCAGAAACUUUUAAAUCUAGUUUAAUUAAUUUCAGUUUUGUAAAUAUUGUAUAUCUUUUAUAGUAUAUUUUAGUUAAAUUUUUAAAAGAGCAUACAUACUGCUUGUGUUGAGUUAAUAGAACCGACUGUUAAACAACCUCUGCAGUAUAUUAGCUAAAUUAUUAGCGGAGUAUAUUUUAUUUCGAAUUCGAUAUGUCAUCUUAUAUUGAUUUCACAGUUUAUCUUUUAAUAUAUUAAUUCGAAGGAGAUAGAGCAUUGUCUUAAAAUAAUAUGAUAAUAGGCGUUUGUAGGUUAGUUGUAGAGUAUCAGCGCUAAUUUAAUGUGUCUAAUAGAGAAUCUAUCAAAAAGUAUAUUCACUUUAAUCUUAUCCGCGCUUUUUCUUAUCAGUUUUAUUGGAAGAAAACAUUAUGUUAUUGUGUUAAUCGUUUUCUAGCCGCGAAGGGAAAUAAAGCUUCGAGUGUCAUUGAAUUUAUUUCAUAAAAGAGCAAACGUUCAUUUGAAUACUGUAUUUAGUAUGUUUGAAGAUAUAUGGUUUUAUGAUAUUGUAUUUGAAAUGUAAAGCAUGAGUUGCAGCGUCGUGUAAAUAAAAUAUAUUAGAUGUGAUUUCUACAAUUAUAAAAACACGAUAUAAACUGAAUUGUUUGUGUAAAUGUUUAGUCUAAAGUGCCCCCUUUUCUUUUGUGAAUACGACUUAUGCCCGGUUUCUGAAUUCACCAGUGAAAAUUUCACUAGCUAUUGGUUUAAUAAAGUUAACUGUUACUGCCUUCCUGAAUACUCAUCUAGCGGUUUAGUAAUUAUGAAACCGAUAUUUCAGCCAGUAGACGGGCCUCGUGAGGAAACGCAGUCAGACAUUGAUUUUAUUGUUUUAUUUCUUUGUAAAAAACUUUAUACAUAAUAACAUGGUCUUCGAUUGGUAAUAAGUGCCCAAAAAUAUAAUAUAAAUUAUGAAUAUUUCUCUCUCCCAUUUAUCAUUGUCAAAUAUUUAAAAGAGUUAAAAAUAAAUCAUAUUUAUUAUUUUGCAGUGUUAUGAAUUAAUUUGUAUUAUGAUAUUGUUUCUAAAGCGAUAUCUCAAUUAUUUUUUAUACGUAAAUGUUUCGAGCUUGAUGUUAACUCUAUUUCUAAUCAGACUGAUGAGUUAUGCUCGUAUUAAUAAACCCAUACUAGUCGUGUUGUGUUUGAAUGUGAAUAAUAUUAAUAACGUACGAAUUUGUGUAGUAUAAUCGGCACACAUUGGUCGGUUAAGGUCGGUAGGGUAAGUUCCCUUCGAACCAAUAGCAUUAAUCAAUAGAAAAAAUGUCAAUAAAGGUACUUCAGAAACUGGACAUAACACCGGACACAUUUUACUGCGUACAUCUUUCGAGAAGUUGUAUUUUCUGUGAUUUUUGCAUAAUAUUAGCGAAAUAUAACGUUUCGAUUUUAUUACGUAUAAAUUGUAUUUUAUUCCUGACAUUAAAGAAAUAAUUUAUUUACAAAAGUCUGUCUAUAAGUUAAUGUCUUAGAGAAUGUUUGUUUGGCAACGAUCGCGAGGGGCUGAUAACGCGGUCUGCGUGUUGUGUAAUUUUGAUUUUGUUAACUAUUUUUAUACAUUAGAUUUUGAUUAGUCAAUUAACACAUGAAAUCUCAAGCUUUAGUUGUCUAUAUAUAUCUAGUCCAAUAUGUAUCGAAGAGUCGAAGGAAAUUCAGUUUGCCUCAUUAUCAGCCUCGGAGCUAUGUGAUCAUUUUUCCAUUACAAAAGAAGACUUAUCUAAUGGUAAACUAUGUCUAAUGAGUAGAGUAAACGAGUUCAUUUCUUAAGACAAAGCUCAAUGUUGAAAUUUUGUUUUAGUUUACCCAGCACAGUACUAAAUAUUACCCAUCGAAUAGUUUUUGUAGUAGAUAUUAUAUAAUACCAUCAAUCUGUGUGUAUAGCCUCCCAAAGUGAUCGUACUAGCUGUUUAAGGUAGAUUUAUUGAAUAUUUGUUUCAUAUAAACAUAUUAUAAUAAAUUAACCGCCACGAUGAAAUUUUACUUGUGUACUCCGUAUCUUAAGACAUUGAUGUAUAAUUCACUCUGUCAAACUAUGGUGUAAAGUGUGUCUGUCACAUCGAUGUCACACCGCAGCGGUCAGUGUUCAGUGGUCUAGUAGCCAGUCAGGUGCAGCGUUGUUCUCCUUUAUGUAAUCUUCUGGGGUUUCGUAUCUACGUGCCCGCUAUUAGAGAAUCAAGUCUACAUGUUUUUAAAAAUCUGUGUUAUUUCAUAAGAUGAAUUAAGAAUUAAAAUAUAUACUUUUAAAUAUAUGUGGUAUAUA